AUGGUAACGUCCGUUCAAACAGAUGAAGAGGGUGACUUAUUCGCAUCGGCGGAUUCUGACUCGGAUCUGGACGAGGAGGAAGCAGAACGAAAGCUACUGACGGCCGCUAGAGAGGGCCAUACAUUCCUGGUAUCGGAGCUACUCACCACGGACAGCGAACUCAAUGCUGACUGCAAAG